AUGUGUGGCAUUUGUUGUUCUGUAAACUUUUCUGAAGAGCAUUUCAGCAAAGAUUUGAAAGAAGAUUUACUGUAUAAUCUUAAACAGCGUGGACCCAGUAGUAGUAAACAGUUGUUAAAGUCUGGUGUUAACUACCAGUGUUUAUUUUCUGGACAUGUCCUUCACUUGAGAGGUAUUUUGACUCCCCAGCCUGUGGAAGAUGAAAGAGGCAAUGUGUUCUUGUGGAAUGGAGAAGUCUUUAAUGGAAUAAAGGUUGAAACUAAAGAGAAUGAUACUCAAAUUAUGUUCGAUUAUCUUUCAUCUUGUAAAAAUGAAUCUGAUAUUUUGUCAGUCUUCUCGGAAGUCCAGGGUCCUUGGUCUUUUAUAUAUUAUCAAGCAUCUACGCAUUAUUUAUGGUUUGGUAGAGACUUUUUUGGUCGCCGUAGCUUGCUUUGGCAUUUUAAUAAUUUGGGUAAGAGUUUCUGCCUCUCUUCAGUUGGCAACCAAACAUCUGGAGUAGCCAAUCAGUGGCAAGAAGUUCCAGCAUCUGGAAUUUUCAGGAUUGAUCUCAAAUCGUCUACUGCCGUUUCCAAAUGUGUGGUUUUAAAAUUAUAUCCUUGGAAGUACAUUUCUCGGGAGAAUGUUACCAAAGAAUGUGUUAAUAGCCUGACUAAAAUUUCAGCAGACUUGCCUAAGAUCGUAUCAGUGGAAGCAAAUGAAGCCAAACUAUAUCUUGAAGAACCUAUUGUUCCUUUAAAUAUGAAGUUGCCACCAGCUUCAUUUGAGGCUCAUUACACUGACAUUUCCAGAGUCCCAGCUACAAAAGAGACACUUCAAGUCUGUCUCACUGACAGCCACAUGAAGGAAGUGGUUCAGCAGUUUAUUGAUGUCCUGAGUACCGCGGUCAAGACACGUGUCUUAUAUUUACCUAGAGAUGAAAGCUUGACACCAAAUGAUGCUUUGAAAACUUGUGAUAAGAGAGCAAAUGUUGCAAUUCUGUUUUCUGGAGGCAUUGAUUCCAUGGUUAUUGCAACCCUUGCUGACCGUCAUAUUCCUGUAGGUGAACCAAUUGAUCUCCUUAAUGUGGCUUUCAUGAGUAAAGAAAAGACUGUACCAACCAGUUUUAACCAAAAUAAGAGUAAGCAGAAAAAUCAUUGUGAAAUACCUUCUGAAGAAUCAUCUAAAAAUCCUGCUGCCACAGUUGUUGAUAAUCCUAAUAAAGAAUUCAAUGUACCAGAUAGAAUCACAGGAAGAGCUGGGCUAAAGGAACUACAAGCCAUCAACCCUUCCCGAAUUUGGAAUUUUGUUGAAAUUAAUGUUUCUGUGGAAGAACUGCAAAAAUUAAGAAGAACCCGAAUAUGCCAAUUAAUUCAGCCCUUGGAUACGGUCCUGGAUGAUAGUAUUGGCUGUGCAGUCUGGUUUGCUUCUAGAGGAAUUGGUUGCGUAGCAACACAGGAUGAAGUGAAAUCCUAUCAGAGCAACGCAAAGGUCGUUCUUACUGGAAUUGGUGCAGAUGAACAACUUGCAGGUUAUUCUCGUCAUCGUGCCCGCUUUCAGACACAUGGGUUAGAAGGAUUGAACAAGGAAAUAGAAAUGGAACUAGGUCGAAUUUCUUCUAGAAAUCUUGGUCGUGAUGACAGAGUUAUUGGUGAUCAUGGAAAAGAAGGAAGAUUUCCUUUCCUGGAUGAAAAUGUUGUUUCCUUUCUAAAUUCCUUACCAAUUUGGGAAAAGGUAAACUUGACUUUACCCCGUGGAAUUGGUGAUAAACUACUUUUGCGUCUUGCAGCAGUGGAACUUGGUCUUACAUGCUCUGCUCUUCUGCCAAAACGGGCCAUGCAAUUUGGAUCCAGAAUUGCAAAAAUGGAAAAGAAUAAUGAAAAAGCAUCUGACAAAUGUGGAAGGCUCCAAGUCAUUUCCUUAGAAAAUCUUUGUAUCGAAAAGGAGAUCAAAAUGUAAAUGGUUUCACAGUGUAACAACAUCUGCUGAAGGAUAGUUUUGUAAAAAUAAAAUAUUCUGCUGCUUUGUUAUUAUAUAAUUUAAUGGUUUAUAAAAUGUAGCAAUUAUGUAACUUUUCUUAGCUACAUCUAGAAAUAACUGAAUUUGUUGUUGUUGCUGUUGUCUGGGGCCCUGGUGGAGAAAACCUGGGACCCUGGAACAUGCAAUGGGGACAUCCAAAGGGAUAUCCCUGAGGGUUUUGGUUCUGCAGACUCCUCUUAACCCUCAGAUUUGGCAGAGGUGGCCAGAAUUCCCUAGUACGAUCUAGCACUUCCCCUAUACUGGAGGAUAACUGCAAAGGCCCCUCCCUGACAAGGCAAUAGGUACCUCCCUCAGGAGCGGCUUCCACUCUUUUCCCGACUGCCAGGGCCAAUAACUAGGGUUAAGUCUGUCUGAGCAUAACUGAACUUGGGAAGUGCUGGACCUGAUAAGAAAAGACAAUAACAUCAAAGGACCUGUGAAAAUAAGCUCACAUACUGGCAGGGGCCAGAGUACUCCUGGGUUUGGAUUUUGAGGGUGUUUAAUCCAGGAGCCAGAAUAUAAGAUUGGAUAAGCAAGAAUUCAUUGCUUUGGGAGAACUUUUUUGGAAGAUAGAAUUUAAUACCCUGACAUGGACACGAGGGCAAAUUCUGUUAGGGUGAUCCUUAAGAGGCAUGGAGAAAAUGAUGGCCAGUGCUGAGGGAAGUUGCCCUGAUGUGGUAGAGGAAUGAAUAAAGAGGCUGAGGGAAGUGGGCAUGCUGGAAUGGAUAUAUGUGAGACCAAAAAACCCACCAGAGAAUUACAUUCUGCCGAAGGGCCAGAGAACAGACCAUUUAUCAAGGUAAGUAGGACUGUACUGGUGAGACGGGCACCAGCAUCACUAGGAAGUUCAGUGGGGGCUCUCCUCUGAGGGCCAGGUUGGAAAGGCAGUCUCAGCUGGGCUUGUUAAUGUGCAGAUGCUGGCCCCCCUCCCAAUUGCCCUGACAGUUCACAAAGUUGGAGGGGCGGCCAAGGGGGCUUGACCCAUAAGGAAUUAUAGAGAUAGUUAAUAGAGCAUAGGAUCACUGUGAGCAAAAUAGGCAGCUAAC